AGAGAAUUCUAGUCCAUGUUGGAUGGCUUGGACGAAGAAGGCUACAUAGAAGAAUCCAUCCAUAUCUCAGAGAAGAAACGAAGACUAAGCGUCGACCAAGUCAAGGCCUUGGAGAAGAACUUUGAGGUUGAAAACAGACUUGAACCAGAGAGGAAAAUGAAACUUGCUCAGGAACUUGGGUUGCAGCUAAGACAAGUGGCUGUGUGGUUCCAAAACCGCCGUGCACUGUGGAAGACUAAGCAAUUGGAGAGGGAUUAUGGGGUUCUUAAGGCCAAUUAUGAAGCCCUCAAGCUCAACCUUAAAUUUUUCUCAUUGUUUAUUAGUCAAUUUUGUUCAUUCACGCCACUUCAAUUGGUGUUAAUGAACAAAAAUGAUCAAUAUAGGCGUGAUUGA